AUGGCCGCCGAUGGUCACAAGGUCUCAAGAAUCUUCAGACGUCCGGCUGAUAUAUCUUCAUUCGUAUCUUCCGUCAUUUCUGUCUCUUUGUCACCACUCGGAGCCCUUUCUUACCCUUCCUGGCGAAUUUCGUAUCAUGAUCUGGAAAGAAUUGUUACCGGAGCCGCGGAGCGCAGGCCUUUUGACGAGUCUCACCCACAAAAACGGUGUCCAGGUAUCCUCGCCACAAGUCGCCAAUCCUAUCACGAAGUCCGAAGGGAGCUGUAUAGCAACCGCAUGAUCACCUUCCACAUUUCUCCAAACCCUAAACGAGCAUCCGCCAAAAGGUCCGGUGAGCAUCCCAGAACCGACGUCCUCGAUCCGCUGGGUUCUCUUUGGUGUCUUCGCCCUCGAUACCACAAGCCGCGUAAGGCCGAGGAUCAGAAUAUGUUAUCCUGGGAGCAACUACCAUACCGGAAGCUGAAAGGCGUCAACUUCGAACUACUGGCAACUGAUCCAGCAAAUCCUGCGGAGCUUCUGCAAGUGUGGAACGAGCUCCGAAACGGGAAGCAAAUCGAAGUGAAGCUCCCAUUUGAGCAGAAAUACAAAAUCAAAUCGAUGCCCUCGUCUCAGAGAUAUCGCUCAACGCCGUUUCAAACCAACUCUCCAAUUACAAGACCGGUGAGGAAGAAGACAUGGACGGCAUAA